UAAAUAUUUGUCAGACGCAUACAACAUAGGCCCCUGGUCAACAAGAACCCGUUUAAAUAAAGGUCCUAUUGCUAAAUAUCAGGAAACCUACCAUUACUUGGUUAGAUUGAAUUAGACAACUCUGUUGAGCAGCUGGUGGUCUUCCUGAGCACCCCGUGUAAUUUCUUCUGGUUGGCACAGUUGGCUGUGGUGUCGAACCCGUUUUAUAACUCAAGUUCUGAUAUUUGUGGUCUUCAGAGAAUAUGUCUACCACUUCACAGAAGCACAGGGACUUUGUUGCCGAACCAAUGGGUGACAAACCGGUACAUGCCCUGUCAGGAAUAGGAGAGGUACUGGGAAAGAAACUUGAAGAUCAAGGCUUUGACAAAGCGUUUGUGGUGCUGGGCCAGUUCUUGCUGCUGAGAAAGGAUAUAGAGCUGUUUACAGAGUGGCUGAAGGACACGAGUGGGGCCAACUCAAGACAAGCUUCUUCCUGUUCCCAGUGCCUCGGGGAGUGGUGUGAUGCCUUCCUAUAGGCCUGGGGACAGGAGCCCUGUAGCAAGCUGAUCAUUAUUGUGUAAAACAAAUAUAUACAAUGAUUAAGGUGGAUAAUUUAAAUGGAGAUGGCCUGUUUCAAGUCAUGACUGACAUGCAUGGUGUUUAACCUGACAAAUUGGUCCCAUAAUUCCAUUGUUUUUAUAAAAUAGUUUGUUGUAGAAUUAAAAGACUAAUAUUAAAGUGUU